CCUGUUUUCUUUUUUCGCGGGCAAAAAUAAUAAUUCCGGAGAAGAAGCUGCCGUUUGUCCUCCAGGCCAGCAGGAGGCGGGAAAGCAGCUAUGAGCCGCUUCGCCAGCCGCCAUUAAAACUCCUGGAAGAGGAAGAACACAUCAACACGUCGGUGGUGUUUGUUCAGAGUUUAGCUUCAAACUGUUGACUUUACACUAAAAAUAUAAGUUUAUAUCAGCUAACCGACUGUCUCUGAAGUUAUGAUACUAACGGAAAUGUAACUGUCGAUGACUUUCACUCUUAAACUCGUCGAUAAGACCGUUACCUCGACAGCUAACGUCCUGCGUUAGCGUUAGCUUAGCUUAGCUUCGGUUGGGAAAUGGUACCGACAAGGAUGCGACCCCCCAUGGGUCCCCCGGGCGAUGACGGUCCUCCGUUCGACAUGGGCCCCCCGGGCUGGGGUCCUCCUCCGCCGGGAGGUUGGGGCCCUCCUCCACCGGGGGGCUGGGGCCCUCCGCCGCCCGGUGGAUGGCCUCCGCCGCCGGAGGAAUGGGGGCCACCUCCGCCCGGAGGUUGGGGCCCUCCUCCCCCGGGAGGAUGGGACCCGAGAGAUAUGCCGCCGGGCUGGGGACCUAGAGGACCGUCGCCUCCGCAUGGCUGGGGCCCUCACCCGGACGACUGGAGACCUCCUCACCCGGAGGACUGGAGACCCCCUCACCCGGACGACUGGGGACCCCCACACCCCGAUGAAUGGAGACCCCCUCACCCGGACUGGAGACCUCCUCACCCGGACUGGAGACCCCCACACCCAGAUUGGAGACCUCCACACCCGGACUGGAAACCUCCACACCCAGACUGGAGACCUCCACACCCAGACUGGAGACCUCCGGGCUGGGGACCCCCUGGUUGGGAUGCUGAAGGCCCCCCUGAGCCUUGGGGACCUGAGACUGGCCCCCCCGGACCUGUACCACCGAUCCCCCCUCCGGGCCUGCCUCCACCUGUCGGGAUUCCUCCACCUGUUGGGCUUCCUCCUCCAGUCGGGAUCCCCCCUCCGGACCCCCUAGCCUUCGGCCCGGUGCCCAUACCCCCACCUUGCGGCCCUCCGAUGCCGUACCAGGCCUACCCUCCGCCGGGCUGGACAGGAGAGCCCAUCGUGGAGGAGCCGAUGCCCAACCCGCCCCCCGAUCAGCCUGAGUGGAUCAAAGCGUUGAUCUCCGCUCCGCCCAACGAGGCGACUGCGGGGGAAACUAAGUCCUCGUCAGAGGAGCCGGCCGCCGCUAAACCACCUGCUGCUGAACCACCGGCCGCCCCCAAACCUAAACCUAAACCGGACACGGCCAGAGCACUCGGCCUGCUGGGAAAACGCACCUUUGAUAAGCCUCCUCCAGGCAGAUCGACGGGGAUCAUCUCUUUCAUCGGGCCGACGUUCGGCUACAUCGAGAGAGAAGAUCUGGAGAAGUUCACCUUCAGUUUCUCCGUCUUCUUUGGAAACCCCAAAGCCAUGAAGCCCGGGGUCCGAGUUCACUUCACCGCCUGCAAGGAGAAGAAAGCGCUGAUAGCCACGGACGUGAAAGUGGCUCCGGGUGGAACGGAGAACGUGGACACGGAGAUCUACGAGGCGGUGGUCAGCCAGCCAAUCACAGAGCCUCAGCCCGGCGAGCGGCAGUACCCGGGGCAGGUGCACGUGGACAUCGGGCCGCUCCGGACCAACCUGACGUUCGACAGGAAGGACAGCACGGUGACGCUGCUGCAGAACGACCAGGUGCUCAUCAACCUGCUGACGGACAUCGUCACAGAGAAGAGGAAACUAGGACAUUUACUCAUUGGUAGACGAGGACUGUGA